AUGGGUUCAAUUACUACCACCAAUCCCAAAGUCUGGGCCUCUCUCAUCACCAACCUCGACUAUGUCCCCGGCCUCCUCACCCUCUCCUACUCCCUCCAACAAGCAAACACUAAAUAUCCUUUUGUCGCCUUCUACACCGAGUCCUUCCCCGAUCAAGGUGUCGAUGUUUUGAAGUCUCGCGGUAUCACGACCCAGCUUGUGCCCACAGUCACCCCCACCGUUGGACGGGCCUACGAGGAGGAUCUCCGCUUCAGAGAAGCCUGGAAGAAACUGGUGGUGUUUUCACUGAUUGAAUAUGAGCGCAUCGUUCUGCUGGAUGGGGAUAUGCUGGUGCGACGCAACAUGGAUGAGUUGAUGGAUGUCGAGCUGGACUUGGAGAAGAGAGUUAUUGCUGCCAGUCAUGCAUGUGCAUGCAAUCCGUUGAAGAAGGACUAUUACCCCAGUAACUGGAGCCCGGAAAACUGCGCCUUUACAUCCCAGCACUCGAAUCCGGAUAAGGCACAACUCUACGGCGCAUCAUGUUCAACGGGCGUUGGAAUGCUGAACAGUGGUCUCAUCGUCGUUCGUCCCUCCGAGGUUUCCUUUGCCGAGGUCCAAGAAGCCCUUCAGACACCGUCGCGUAUUGCAAAGUACGAAUUCGCCGAUCAAGGCCUUCUGAGUGACGUCUUUAGCGGGAGGUGGGCUGAAUUGCCGUAUGUGUACAAUGCGCUCAAGAGUUUGAGAUGGGAAGGUGUGCAUUCGGCCAUCUGGCGCGAUGCGGAGGUCAAGAAUGUGCAUUAUAUCUUUGCGAAGAAGCCGUGGCAUGAACCCGAGGCGGCUGAGGCGGAUGAGCCAAAUAGGUGGUGGUGGAUAACGAAUAGAGAGAGGCAGCAAAUAGAAAGAGCACGGGGGAUUACAGAUGGAUAUUGA